GGUUAAGCCUGGAGUCACUUCCUGCUCCGCCUCUUCUUGGGGGAAAAGGGGGGAGGGGGAGGAGACAGUCACACACACACUCUAACGGUUUUGUAUUUUUAGGUUGCAUCUUCGGGAACGGGAAAGAUCUUGUCUUUGGGCUGAGAUCAGGCAGAGCACCAGCCGUUGUCCCUGCAUCCGCUAGUAUCAAGCUGUGAACUCUGGAGGGCCUGUCAUUUGCUGUUUCAUUGGAAAGGCAAGUUCUGCCAAUUCAGGCCAACCUUGGCCUGAGAACUAAGAUGGCAGCAGAGCACGGAGAUGCGUCCGAUUCUGGCUUCCCCCCAGAGACUAUGACAAAGCUGGGAGUGAAGACAGAGAAGCAGGACCUGGUGGUCUCUGAACCAGGGAAUGGCACAGGAAAAGUACCUCAUGCUACCCAGCCUGGGGUUACAAAGGGAUUCUGGGAAGGAGGUGCACUGGAACACAUUAAACAGGAGCCUGAGGGGACGCUGCAAGGUUGCUGGGAGGCCCAGUGGCAGCAGUUUCUCAGGGAGGUACAUUCUCCUCACUCAGAACGAGGGACCUCCCCCCAGCCAAGGUUAGGACCGAGGGAUGCUUCUCAGGCUGAUUUGCCUCCGUUGGAGGGAGUACCUGAGGCCAGGCUGCAGCUGAAAGGAGAGGAGGGCCCCCGACUCCUGCCCGGUUUGAGCUCGGAAUCCUGUAGAAGCCCAGCGGCCAAAGAUGAGGCCAUUUCCAGGACGGUGAAGGAAGAGAACCUGGACGCAGAGAGCGUCCGCCAGCAUUUCAGGCAGUUCCGCUACCAAGAGGGCAAGGGCCCCCGCGAGGUUUGCAGCCAGCUCCGGGACCUUUGCCACGAGUGGCUGCAGCCGGAGAGACGCACAAAGGAGCAGAUCCUGGAGCUGCUGGUUCUGGAGCAGUUUCUGACCGUCCUACCAGCAGUAAUCCAGAACUGGGUCAGGGAAAGAAGCCCAGAGUCCUGCUCACAAGCAGUGGGCCUGGCUGAGGAGUUCCUGCUGCAGCGAUCACGAGAGCAGGAGGAGGAGGUGUCGGGGACAUCCAAGGAGGUGGCUUCCAGUUCCUCAGAGGCAGAGAAGGCUCCAUUGGAUGCCUGGCAGGCGAUGCUCUUCAAGGAGGUCAAGCAGGAGGGGGACAGAGAUACCACCUGUGCAGCAGAUGAUAAGAAGAGGCCAUGUGAGAUGGAGCAAAACUGGCCAGGACAUCCUGGGGAAGAGGAUCCACGUGGGAUGUUGGCAGGAGGAGAGACACAGAGCACUGCCCAGUGCCUGGAUGAGGGAGCAACAUCUGAGAUCCAGCAGGGAAACCACUCUGGAAAGGAAGGGGACGCAGUCACAAAUUCUUGGGGAAACAAGAAGGGUCUGGUGGAAAAUGCAAUCCAGAAUGGGAUCCUUGUGAGCGAGGGAGCAAAGGCUGGUUCUGAAUGUGGGAACAUGUUUGGACACGAUUCUGAAAAUGAAAGAAGCCACACACAAGAGAAACUGUGCAUGUGCCCAAUCUGUGGGCAAAGCCUUAGCAGGAGAACUGGUCUCAUUAUACACCAGAGGAUCCACACAGGAGAGAAGCCGUAUAACUGCCUGGACUGUCGGAAAAGCUUUCGGCACAAGUCAGUUCUUAUUCGACACCAAAGAAUCCACACGGGAGAGAAACCGCACAAAUGCCCCGACUGUGCCAAAAGCUUCCGGGACAGAUCGGCUUUGGAUGUACACCGGAGGACCCACACGAGGGAAAAACCAUAUCAGUGUUCAGACUGUGGGAAAAGCUUUAGCCAUCGCUCCAACCUUAUCACACAUGAGCGAAUCCACACGGGAGAGAAGCCGUUUAAGUGCUUGGAUUGCGAGAAGAGCUUCAGCGAUCGAUCGUCCCUUACAGCUCACAAGAGGGCCCACACAGGAGAGAGACCCUAUAAAUGCUCAGAGUGUGGGAAAAGCUUUUCUCAGAGCUCCAGCCUUCUUUCACAUCAAAGAAUCCAUACAGGGGAGAAACCUCAUGAAUGCCCAGACUGUGUGAAAAGCUUCCGGGACAAAUCAGCUUUCUUUGUGCACAGGAGAACCCACACAAGAGAGAAACCAUAUAACUGCUCCGGCUGUGGGAAAAGCUUUAGCCAUCGCUCCAACCUUAACACACACGAAAGGAUCCAUACAGGAGAGAAACCAUAUAAGUGCUCGGACUGUGGGAAGAGCUUCACUUAUAAAUCACGCCUUAUUGCUCAUAAAAAAAUGCACACAGGGGAAAAGCCUUAUAAGUGCCCAGACUGUGGGAAAAGCUUCAGCCGGCAGCCAUACCUCAUCGCACACGAGAGAGUCCACACGGGAGAGAAGCCAUACAUGUGCUCUGAGUGCGGGAGGAACUUCAGCGACAGAUCGAAUUUAAAUACACACAAGAGGACCCAUACUGGGGAAAAACCGUAUCGAUGUUCACAUUGUGGGAAAAGCUUCAGCCAGAGCUCAACCUGCAUGAAACAUGAACGGAUCCACACGGGAGAGAAACCAUAUAAAUGCUCGAUCUGUGGGAAGAGCUUCUACCAGCGAUCGCAGCUGAUCAACCACGAGAGGAUCCACACGGGAGAAAAGCCGUACAAGUGCUCCGUCUGUGGAAAAAAGUUCAGCAGGAGAACGGACCUUGUAACUCAUCAGAGAAGACACACAGGAGAGAAACCAUAUACAUGCUUGGAGUGUGGGAAGAGCUUCAGCGCUGGAUCAAGUCUCAAUGAGCAUAAGAGAAUGCACACAGGGGAGAAAGUGUAUAGAUAUUCAUACUGUGGGAAAAGUUUUGCUCACCUUGCAGACUGCAUGAAACAGGAAAGAACCCACACAACACAAGAAUAAUUGUACCAGUGCAUGGCAUAAGACAAAAACGUUUGGUUGGAUCCCAGACUGUGGGUGCUCCAUGUUUAAAUAAAUAAAUAAAAUUAUAAGUUGAAUUCUGCAA